AUGUCUGAAGCAAACAAAUUCCCACCUCAACAAGUGAGGGAGGUAGUGAUUGAGGUUACUAGGUUGUUGAAGGAGAGGGGGGAAACUGUUAGUGUGGCUGAGACGGCAGCAGGAGGCAUUAUAUCCGCAUCUAUUCUCAGUACACCCGGUGCAAGUAAAGUUUUCAAAGGUGGUCUGACGGUUUAUACGCUGGAGUCUAGAAUAGCUUUUGCCGGUUGGACCCAAGAAAAUAUAACCUCUUAUAAGGGUCCUACCCCAGAUCUCGUGGCUGGUAUUGCUGAACAUGUGAGGGGGAAAUUGGGUAGUACGUAUUGCAUUUGUGAGAGUGGGACUGCGGGGCCUGGCGCUAGUGGGGAGGGGGCAAAUAGACAGCCCGGAUAUGUAGCAUUAGCCAUAGCAACGGAAAAUGGAACAUAUAAGAAAGAUUUGAAUACGGGAUUGGGCGGGGAUAGAGAGGGGAAUAUGAUUUUGUUUGCGAAGGAGGCGUUGAUGUUUUUGAAGGAUGUUUUGAAGGGGGGUGCGAAGAUUUGA